GGAGGGGGAGAAUCCAAUCCGGUUUGAGCUAGUUUUCUUCCAAUGGAACAUUAUAUGGUGUGGCUGCCCUCUAUUAGACUGUACUAGUACAGCUUUACUAUACCUCUAUAUCGUCCUCCUCUAUUCGCUCAGUAGCCUGAUCCUCUUCUACCUUUUUUUUCCAUUAACACCACGCACAAAUCAACCAUGCCUAGAAGGAGCAAAGAAGAAUCAGAUGCACCAGAGCCCAAGAGGAGAUCUCUUAGGUUGUGUAAAACCACAACUGUAAAGGAAGACUCCAAAACCAAGACAAAGAAAGCGCCCGCUAAGCCCAAGAAAGCUAAGGAGGUGGAAAAGGGCAAGCCCGAGGAGAAGGAGACCGACGCCCCCGCCGAGAAUGGCGAAACCAAAGCUGAGGAAGAGGCGCCAACCACGGACACGGCAGAUGGGAAAGACGCAGAGGCAGAAUAACAUCUCUCAAAGCGCAUCUUCAACCAGUGCUCCCUGUACCUCUUUUCUUGUACAAUUCAGGGGAAUAUUUUUAUCAACUAUUUUCUAAACACAGGUUUUUUAGUAGUUUGAUUGUAGAGAACACUUUUUUUUUUUUUAAUGAAAGACAAAAAAAGUCAAUUUGGGGAGAAUUUCAUCACGUGGAGGGAGGGGGGGAUCAUUGUAACCGUCAGGGGUUUUUAUUUCAGUUGUUUUAAAUGUGAACUAGGGAAAGGGGCCGGGGUGGGUUACGGUGUCAGAAGCCGGGUUGAGAACUGAAUGAGUUUACCUGCAUGGAAUUACAUUCCAUAUGCUUUAAAGGGACCGUAUUUGAUCUGUGCUGGGGCGGGUGAUAGGCAGUCAGCCAUUGUUUUUGUUGUUUAUAAUGAAGAACAGUGUUUUAGAAUGUUUGCAAGCUUUGUCCUUAUGUUACUCAUGCAGUUUUUAUUAUGAAAUUGGAUCAAUAAAUUGAAAAUCCCAAGUAGUGGAGCUCUCCCUAUCCAGUGUAUCUUGUGUGUUCCGUGAUAGCGUCGCCAUAAACUUGUAUAGAAGGGUUUUUUACUUCUCUGUACGCUAAUGCUACAUUGUACGAAUGACAAACAUUUGGUUUCCUUAGCCUAGCUGUAGUAAUAGUCCCAUCAAAAAGUAAAGUAGUCUCUUAAAUGCCAGCAGACAAACUGUACAUUUAUUUGACAUGUCAGCAGUAGCAAUCCUCACGAGGUUUAGGUGUCAAUGCAAGUUUAUUUGCAUUUGUUCGUAGAUGUACUUGUGUCAUGAUUGUUAUCAAUGGACCAAUAAAGCUCGGUUGGUAGUUGA